CAUAAAUUUGCACAAAAGAUGUCUGGUCUCAUGCAAUGUAUUGUCCAAGCCAUCGACAUUUUCUACCGUUAUGCCAAGGAGGAAGGGGAAUGUGAAAAACUAAGCAAAAAUGAACUGAAAAAACUUUUAGAAAAUGAAUUUAAUUCAGUUCUGAAGAAUCCAAGUAAUCCUCAAAUUGUGAGCGCUAUUAUGCAUAUACUGGACCAAGACCAUGACAAUCAAGUGGAUUUUGCCGAGUUUCUUCUGAUGUUAGUCAAUCUGGCUCUGUCCCUCAAUAAGUCUCUCAGCAAAAAGUAUUGUGAAGCAUCAGGGUCAAAGCAAAAAGAUCAAGAUCACCCAAACCAAGAAGAACAGAAUGUGACAGAUGAAGAAGAAGAAGGUUUUGGUGAUGCUCAGUCAAAUCCAGAAGUAGAACAAGAACAAUGGUACACUUCCACGAAUUUACAGAAGAAAGGAAAACAUAGGCACCAGUCUAGGUCUAGCUCUCCCAGGAAGAGAAGGAGAAGUAGCUCAUCAAAUUCAGGACACAGGAAGGACUCUAAGGAAAGACACCAUAAGUCAAAGAUGAUUCAGAAAGAGAAAAAUGGACUCAGUUCAAGAAAGCAGGAAAAAAAGAAUGACAAGUCAAGUUCUGAUUCAAGCUCAGAAAAGUCCUCUCGUUUUGACCAUCAUAGAUCUAAUGCACAUAGACAGCCAUCAAGACGGGGAAGAAAAGGGUCUAGUUCAGAUGAUCAAUGUAGGGAGGAAGAGAAUCAAAGAACAGACUCACCACAAAGGAAUGCAAAAAGCAGUAAGAGAGAAAGAUCAAAGAAACAAGAUAAGAGAACAAUUGAGAAUUUUUCAGGGAGUGAGUCUCAAAGGCAAGAUAACAUUUCCAGACAGUUAACAAAAAGCAGGCAACAAAGACAAGAACAAAGUCAUGGACAAUCAAGAUCCAACAAGGAUGGAAAGUCAGAUGACAAGCAUAGACAUUCAAGGAACAGUGAAAAACAAGUGACAGACAACCCUAGACAUCCAUCAUCUAAGCAGCAACAGCCCUCAACCACUCAUGGAAGACAUGGAUCAGUAGCAAGAAGAGAAGCAAGUGAUAGUCAGACAAGUGAUAGUGAAGGACAGUCAAGAGACCAAUUUAGAGAUUCAGUCUCUGGUCAUAGACAGUCUUCAUCUACCCACUCAGGGUCCCAUUCUAAUGAAGGGCAAUCAGGAGACAGACAUAGGCACUCAGGAUCUGGUCAUCAACAAUCCUCACAAUCCUCAUCUAGUCAGGGACAUCAUGGCUCUAAUUCAAGAGGAAGACAGGGGUCCACUUCUAGCCAGGCAAGUGACAGUGAAGGACAAACAAGAAACCACUCCAGAGACUCAGACUCUGAUCAUAGACAGUCUUCAGCUAAACACUCAGGUUCUAAUUCCUCUAGAAGACAGGGAUCCAGACAUGGUUCAUCCAAUCAUACUGAAGGGCAAUCAGGAGACAGACAUAGGCAUUCAGGAUCUGGUCAUCAACAAUCCUCAUCUAGUCAGGGACAUCAUGGCUCUAAUACAAGAGGAAGACAGGGGUCCACUUCUAGCCAGGCAAGUGACAGUGAAGGACAAACAAGAAACCACUCCAGAGACUCAGUCUCUGGCCAUAGACAGUCUUCACCUACACACUCAGAUUCUAGUUCCUCUAGAAGACAGGGAUCCAGACAUGGUUCAUCCAAUCAUACUGAAGGGCAAUCAGGAGACAGACAUAGGCAUUCAGGAUCUGGUCAUCAACAAUCCUCAUCUAGUCAGGGACAUCAUGGCUCUAAUACAAGAGGAAGACAGGGGUCCACUUCUAGCCAGGCAAGUGACAGUGAAAGACAAACAAGAAACCACUCCAGAGACUCAGUCUCUGGCCAUAGACAGUCUUCACCUACACACUCAGAUUCUAGUUCCUCUAGAAGACAGGGAUCUAGACAUGGUUCAUCUAAUCAUACUGAAGGGCAAUCAGGAGAUGGACAUAGGCACUCAGGAUCUGGUCACCAACAUUCCUCAUCCAGUCAGAGAAAAAAUGAGUCAAGGACAGCAGGAAGACAUCAAUCCAGUGACAGCCAUAGAGUCUCUGAUAGUUCCCAGGAACAGUCAGGGUCCAGAACAAGGAAUACAAGAAGAAGGGAAUCCAGUCCUGAGCAGUCAGGAGAAAGCCAAGCCAGAAGUCCAGGAAGACAACAGUCAGGGAUAAACCCCAGGCAAUCAGAUGACACUCAGGAUCACUCUGUGUCAAGAAAAACUAGAAGACAUGAAUCUAGCCAUGCACAAUCAAGUGAUAGCCCUAAGCAGUCAGGUUCCAGACAUAGACAAACGAGUCCUGAGCAAUACAGUGAUAGAUUUGGCCACUUUGAAUCUGGUUAUGAUAACACAAAGUACACCACACGUAAUAAUCACAGAGCCAAUUCAAACCAAUCUACUAAUAGUUCUGGCCAGACAGGGAAAAAAGAACAUGGGCAUAGAAAUCUACCAGACACUAGAGUCACAGAGGGUAUUAGCCACAACAGAUCAGAAUACAAUUCCAGAGUAACAGGGGAAAGUGGGAGACACAAACAAGAUACUGUUGGUUCCUGGAGAUCAGAGAGUAUUAAUUCAAAGAAAAGAAUCUACUCAGCCCCCUGCCACCCCUGUACCAAUACUCCUCUCUAUGCUUAUAUACAAGAGCGAAGGAAUUAUUACUGCUACUGAAAUGUAAGCAGAAGACUAAGAAACUGGAAUGCCAAGUGAAUUUUUAAAAAAAUUAAUUAAAUUAUCAUUUGUGACAUUUCUAGGAAUAGGGCUUUUUGUUCUUUAAACAGAGAAUUCUAUUCCAUCUUUCCUAUUUGCUAACAAAUUUUGUUUUUAUGAGUGAUGGGUGUUUUUGUUCUUUGAUUAGAAAUUGGUGAGCCAAGAAAGUAAUAGAAUGUGGAGGGAACUAUUGGACAGGAUUGAUCUGAAAGAAGUUAAUUGGGGAGUCCAGGGUAUAUGGAAUUGAUUUUUUUUCUUAAUCUAGGAACUCAAUUUUUAUAGCUUCUUUGUGGUUUUUAAUUAGUACGUAAAAGCUGAUGAGUCUUCUUCAAGGAAUUAAAUGUGUAUUUAUUAUUAUGGACUUGGAAGCCAAAGCUGCUGUAGGCAGGGCUGCCAAUGCACAUUACAGUCACCAAAUACUUAUAGAUUUUGAUAGUCAAGCUGAAAACCAGAGUGAGAUAUUGGUGCCACGUCAAUCUUCCUAACCAAUGGAUAAGGCCACUAUCUUUGAAGAAUAAACAUUGACUUAUUUUUAUCCAAAGAACAAAAGUUAUCAGCUCUAAAUUGAUUUUAAACUAAAGACACUCCCUCCGAAAUUAUUCUAGGCUGGAAACAAUGGAAAAAACAACUCAGGACUGCUCUGCAUUGUAUUUGAUUUCCAAUCAGAAGAAUAUCGAUUAUAAAGGAGAAAAGAAGAGGGGAUAUAUCUUAAUAGGGUCCUUUUUGAUUGAUUGUAAUAAUCCAAGCUUAUUGAUAUUCCCUCAAAUCAGUAGCUUUCAUUAAAAUUGACAAUAAACAAAAUAGCAACUAAA